AUUUUAUUAAAGAAGAAAGUUGUGAAGUCAAUUUUUUGACCACUCUUUGUACUCUUCUAUAAAGCCGUUAUUUUGCACUGCCUGCAUCUGCAAGACAGAAAACAAAAAAGAAGCAUCAUUAAGCGGAGAGCGAAAGAAAUAGAUAAUGGCGUUUAGUGGUGAAGAAGUGAGCAACAAGCAGGUCUGUUUAAAAGACAACUCGGCUUCCCCUAAAGAAUCGGACAUGUACGUGACCACUGCUUCAAUUAAGCUUAAGGUACCACCUGCAGAGUCUAAUGGAGUUCUUAUCAAGAAUCUCUAUCUCUCUUGUGAUCCCUUCAUGCGACUCUUGAUGACUAAAUUCGACGAUCCAAACGGAACCCGAGGUUUUACUCCCUAUGCUCCUGGCGCUCCACUUAUUGGGUUUGGAGUGGGAAGAGUUGUGGAUUCAAAAAACUCAGAUUUUAAAGAAGGGGACUUAGUCUGGGGACUAACUAAAUGGGAAGAAUACAGUCUCAUCACAGAACCUGAAUCUCUCUUUAAAAUUCAUAAUAUUGAUGUGCCCCUUUCAUAUUAUGCUGGAAUUCUUGGUAUGCCUGGAAUAACUGCUUAUGGUGGUUUUAAUAAGGUUAGUUCUCCAAAGAAAGGAGAUCGCGUUUUCGUUUCAGCAGCGUUAGGUUCAGUUGGUCAAAUUGCUGGGCAAUUUGCAAAAUUGAUGGGUUGUUAUGUUGUUGGGAGCGCUGGAAGUCAAGAAAAGGUGGAUUUACUAAAGAGCAAACUUGGGUUUGAUGAUGCCUUCAAUUAUAAAGAGGAGGAAGACCUGGAUGCUGCUUUGAGAAGAUGCUUCCCUGAAGGGAUAGACAUCUAUUUCGACAAUGUGGGUGGAAAAAUGCUAGAUGCUGUCCUUCUGAACAUGAGAGUCCAUGGCCGGAUUGCUGGAUGUGGAAUGAUGUCACAGUACAAUCUUGACAAGCCUGAAGGUGUUUAUAAUUUAGCAUCCCUUAUUCAAAAACGUGUCCGUUACGAGGGAUUCUCGGCAGUUGAUUAUUACUCCAAAUAUUCCGAAUUUUUGGAUUUUGUCCUGCCUUACAUUAGAGAAAAGAAGAUAACAUAUGCAGAAGACUUCGUCGAAGGACUCGAGAAGGGCCCUGCAGCUAUUUUAGGGCUUUAUAGCGGUCGAAAUGUUGGAAAACAGAUAGUUGUAGUUUCUCGAGAGUGAUAAUCCCUGGUUUGGUCCAAACAAUGUGUUUUAGUACAUAUUGUUCGUUUGGUUUAGAGUUGUGGUAAUCCCUGUUUCACGUCAUUGCAUGUAUAUGUGCAUGAUUUGCUUGAAAUAAAUAUUUUUUUGAAGUGAUUUGUUUGAAAUAAAUUGUCCCUCUGUAUCUUUCAUUUUUUCAGAAAUAAUAUUCAAUUAUCAA